AUAGAAUGAUCAAAAUUGUGUUUAUAGAGAGAGGAGUAGAAAAUAAGGAGGUCAAAACGUAUAGUAUUACUAGUAUGUACUAGCUGCUACUACUACUAUAGCCUAUAGGUAUAGGUAGGUACAAGGGGUAAGGACUGUUCUGUUCAGUUCUGAAGGCUACUCUCAACUUCCUCCUCCGCCUAUUUCGAUAGAUACUCUCUCUCUCUCUCUCUCUCUCUCUCUCUCUCUCUCUCUCUCGGUGAUGGUUGUUACUUCAGCUUAAUUGCGAACAUGUCUUCCAUCACCUCCGUUGAACUCAACUAUCUCGUCUUUCGCUAUCUUCAAGAAUCAGGUUUCACUCAUUCUGCAUUUGUGUUCGGGAAUGAGGGUGGCAUUAAUAAAUGCCCCAUUGAUGGAAAUUUGGUACCACCAGGUGCUCUUGUCACAUUUGUUCAGAAGGGAAUGCAGUUCUUGGAGAUGGAAGCUAACUUGAACAAUUGUGAUGCAGACUAUGAUGAAGAUUUUUCAUUCUUACAACCUUUGGAUCUUAUCACAAAAGAUGUGCAUGAACUUAAGAAAAUGAUAAAUGAAAGAAGAAGAAAACUACAGAAGGGUAAAAAUAAGGAAUCUGAAAAAGAGCAUGAAGGUGACCGUGGACGUGUAAGAGAAAAGGAAAGACAUGAAAAGGAGAAAGAAAGUGAAAAGGACAAAGAUAAGAUAGAAAAUCAUAAAGAGCAAGAACUGCAUAAUGAAAAUCAGAUCAGUAGAGACAUGGUCUUAGAUCAAGAAGAUAAGGUUAAUGGUGCUAAAAAAGAAGAUAAGGUUAAUGGUGCUAAAAAAGAAGAUAAGGCUAACGUUGCUAAAAAAGAAGAAAAGGUUAAUAGUAUUAAAAAAGAAGAUAAGGUUAAUGUAAAGCUUGAUGAGAACGGAGCAUUUGGAGGACCAGAGCCCAUGGACAUCUGUACAACAUCAACAUCUCAUCCAAUUGAAUUUCCAAAGUCAGAUGUGACAAUUUUGGAAGGGCAUACUUCAGAGGUAUGUGCUUGUGCAUGGAGUCCUACAGGAUCCCUUCUUGCAUCAGGGUCUGGAGAUUCAACAGCUCGUAUUUGGACAGUAGCCGAAGGGACAUCUAAAUUAGAUUCCAUGGAUGACCCUUUGAAUGUGUUGGUGUUGCAACACAUCAGGGGCACAACCAAUGAAAAGAGCAAAGAUGUUACUACACUUGAUUGGAAUGGGGAGGGUACGCUACUUGCAACUGGUUCUUAUGACGGUCAAGCACGAAUUUGGACUACUAAUGGUGAACUGAAGAGUACAUUAAGCAAGCACAAGGGACCCAUAUUUUCUUUGAAAUGGAAUAAGAAAGGAGAUUAUAUUCUUACAGGAAGUUGUGAUGAGACUGCAAUUGUAUGGGAUGUUCAAGCAGAGAAAUGGAAACAACAAUUUGAAUUUCAUGCAGGUCCAGUACUUGAUGCUGAUUGGCGCAAUAAUGUGUCAUUUGCAACAAGCUCCACUGACACCACGAUACAUGUCUGCAAAAUCGGCGAAAAUCAACCAAUAAAAACUUUUGCUGGGCACCAGAGUGAAGUAAAUUGUAUCAAAUGGGAUCCCACAGGUUCACUACUGGCCUCAUGUUCAGACGAUAGCACUGCAAAGAUCUGGAGUAUGAAGCAAGAUAAGUAUAUUCAUGAUUUUAGAGAGCAUUCAAAGGAGAUAUAUACUAUCAGAUGGAGCCCAACUGGUCCUGGUACAAAUAACCCUAAUAAGAAAUUGGUGUUGGCUAGUGCUUCAUUUGACUCUACUGUAAAGAUAUGGGAUGUGGAACUCGGGAAACUAAUUUAUAGCUUGAAUGGGCACAGGGAUGGUGUAUAUUCUGUUGCAUUCAGUCCCAAUGGUGAGUAUUUAGCUAGCGGGUCUCCCGACAAAUCCAUACAUAUAUGGUCCUUGAAUGAUGGCAAGAUCAUUAAAACAUACAAUGGCAAUGGAGGCAUUUUUGAGGUCUGUUGGAAUAAGGAGGGUGACCAGAUUGCUGGCUGUUUUGCUAAUAAUACAGUUUGCAUUUUGGAUUUCAGAAUGUAAGAUCCUGAGAAGCACCAACUUACGUUGACCAGCUCAAAUUAUUUAUUUUUACUCACCGUGAUGUCGGUAGAACUGUGUUUUUGUUCAGUAGGCAAACUAUUUUAACCAUUGUAAUUUGAUGUUAUGAUCAUCUGUACCUAGUAGGAGUGUAUUCUUUUAACUUAAAAUUAUAAUUAUUGCACUACUGUGCCGUCUGUAUAAUUGCAAUCAUCACUGUCUGCAUUCUCUGUCUGAUGCCAGAUUACCCUAAUGUAUUUUAUCCAAGAGUAACCGACUAUUUAUUAGGCAUCUUCAAUAUUUUUGUUGAACAUUGCCAGUUUAGCUUAA